CCACGAAGUUGCCAGGCCCCACUUCUUAUCCACCAGCUUGACUUCCCAUGGAGGCCUGAACAAACAAAGGCAGAACCUGUUGCUGAGGGAAACUCCAAGGCACCUGGGCCAACAAGGAGGAAGCUUCUGGACAGGCUGCUCAGACCCUUGGUGGCUGGGUUCUCCAGGCACGUCAUCUUGCUGAUGGCACAGCAGGAGCCUCUGAGAGGCACUGUGCUCUACCCAGUGAUGGCUGUUGUCCAGGAUGGCGAGCUGCUUGUGAAGGCAGAAGACGAGCAAUUGCAUCUGGCGGACAGGCAUGCAAAUGGAACUGUUGAUGCCUGAAUGCAGGGGCAGCCAUUAGCACAGGACACAGCAAACUGAACCUUUCUGGGCAAAGGUCCCCAGGAGAACCCAGGUCCACCACCACUCCUGCCCCAAGACGACAGCACUCCCGGCUGGCGUCCCGCUGACUCUGAACUGCACACCACCAGCAAGCGUAGAACUUGGCAGAGGAGGCCCCGAAGAUUCCUGCCGAUGCCUGUCUGAUCUUGCCUUCCAUGAAGCAUGGCCCCCACAGGAUUCUGAGGUGCACCACAGAGCUUGAGCCCUACGGCUGCUGUGAGAAGACCUUCCUUGGGGCACACUCCCACAGCCCUGUUUGGCUCUGAGUGCUGCCCCACCUCUGAGACCAAUCCCCAUCCCAGGGAAGCUCUUGGGAGCCAUAGCCUUAGCUACAUGAGGCCCUUGGGGCUCAGGACCCUACCUUGCCACCCACCAAACUUCCCUUGUGGCCCCCCACCAACUCCUAUGUCUGGCUGCUGGAGCAGACUAUAGAAUGUCUGUGCCUCAGAUCCAGGUGGAAGAACCGGGUGAGGAAGAUGGAGCGGCAGGGGCAGCCGCACCUCCUGAUGACCACCUCCGUAGCCUGAAGGCCCUCACCCAGAAGCUGAGACUGGAGACGCGUAGACCCUCCUACUUGGAAUGGCAGGCCAAGCUGGAGGGGCAGACGUGGCCCUUUCCCAGGCCACCUGUCCAGCAGGAGACAAGCUUGGAGAAAGGAGAGUGUGGUGAUAAGGAGCCGCCACUACCUCCCAGGGAGCCCAGAGAGCAUCCGCCACCUUCCGGGAGUGUCAGCAGGGACAACAGACCGCUGUCCACAGGCAAGCUGGAAGGCUUCCAGAGUAUCGAUGAAGCGAUAACCUGGCUCAGAAAGGAAUUGGCCGAGAUGAGGCUGCAGGACCAGCAGUUAGCCAGACAGCUCAUGCGCCUGCGCGGGGACAUCAACAAGCUGAGGAUCGAGCAGACCUGCCGCCUGCACAGGAGGAUGCUCAACGACGCCACCUGCGAGCUGGAGGAGCGCGAUGAGCUGUCCGACCUCUUCUGCGACUCCCCUCUGGCCUCCUCCUUCAGCCUGUCCACCCCCCUCAAGCUCAUUGGUGUCACCAAGAUGAACAUUAAUUCCAGGAGGUUUUCUCUCUGCUGAGAAGCCCAGGGAUAGGCAGGGGACUAGAGCCAAGGGUGAGGGAGAAGGCUCGGGUUGAGUCACCCCAGGGGGUCUCAAGGUAGAGCUUCCUGACAGUGUUUUCAAGGGUCCCAGGACGUGGUGGAUUAAAGUUUGCCACAAUCCCCACCUGUGCAUCCCAGGGUCUUCACGUCCAGCCUGCAAAGAGCAUGCAGGAGCCACAUGCGCUUGAGUUCUAGUCAAUGCCCGUCCGGACCCUCCCCUUUAUGGCUUACAGCCUUUGGUCCUGGAAUCACUGGUGCUAUGACGUUAUAUCCCAAACUCCUUCCUAACUAGUUAAUUCUACAGCAGAGCUUCUCCAUGGGGCUAGGGAGAUUUCAGGUGUAAGAUGUAUCCAUCGCACACACUGUCAUCUCCCUCUACAGCCCUGUUUGAACUGCCCUUCGGAGGGUAUCGUGCCACCAGGAGAGGGAAGAAUGAGGAGGGGCAUGGGAGUGCAGGCUCCUGGGCAACCACCAGUGCCCCUGGGGAGUACUGUCCACACUGCUUUGAAGUUUGUUCUUGAUGCUACAAGGUUGUGUUAAUUGUUUCCGGGGUGUGCCAGGAUACAUGAUGUGUGUACCGUAAUGUAGCUGUGGUAGAGCAAGCCCAGAUGUCCUGAUGUCUCCCUUCACUCUGUGCUGUAGUCAUAAACAGUACAGUCAUUUCACUGCUACCUACAGCCCCUGGGGAACACCUACGGGGACUCCGGUGAGUGAACCCGACAGGAGGGAAACAGACUUUCCCACACUUGCAUUCUCUUGAAGGGGGUGUGUGACAGGCAUCCUGGUGUGGGGGUCUGAGAGUGUCACUCUCAUCACCUUAUCCCCCUCCCCAAAGACCCACGGGAGCCCCCAGAAGCUCAUUCUGAGCCUCCCCAGAAACCGUGCCUGACCCGAACAAUGAGUUUUAACUGAAUAAGACUGUUUCUAGUGUGUUGCUAACUCGUUAUUACCUGUGUAAUUCUUGUGCAAACUGGGAGCCAGUUGAGUGGAUCAAGCAAAAAGGUUGGGGUUUUGCUCUGAGUGUUUCUCCCUAGCAGUUAGCGUGAGGUCAGCAGGCCGUGGAAAUGCCUGGUCCAUAACACUUAGCCUCUGGCUAUCACCCCAGCACCAGUCAGUUAGGCCUUGGGUGCCAUCUCGUUGAGCCUGCUCAUUAGUAACAGAGCAAAGUGAAGUCAGCGAGGAAAGAGAAUGACUUCCCUCCAGUUACUCGGCUGCUUAAUGGCUGUAGAGUAUUGAGGUAUGAAAUCAUGAUGAAUCAUGCCUAGACAGACCCCAUGUCGAUGAACUUGAACCCCAAAUAUAGUUCCCGUAUUUUGCCAAACUCGCAAAUCGCCAACCCUUGUCUCCUCUGCUUUCAGCUUCCACCCACUACCCCCACUUUGCCACCCAGGGCACUUGGGCGGGGCUGGGGAGCUCAGUGCUUACCUAGCAUGCGGAAAGCCCUGGGUUUGAUGCCCAGCACCGCAUAAACCCAGCACGGUAGUGCACACCUAUAACCCCAGCACUUGGGAAAUGGAGGUAGGAGGAUCAGAAGUUCAAAGUCAUCCUCAGCUAUAGGGAAUUCAAAGCUCACUGGCCGCUACGAGACCCUGUCUCAUAGGAAUAAAGAGCAGGGCCCAGAUGGCCCCUCAGCCUGUGUCCCUCCCCAGCACCGCAGUCUGCGCUAACUGCACUCAUGUUCCUGCUUCCUCCUGUGCGUAACCCACGGCUGUGUCCACGGCCACGGCCCGCCUGGGGCGGGGCCUGCAGUGAGUGACAAGAUGGAACCGGAUGGUUCUCCAUAGUCAGAAGAGCCUGUGCUCCUUCCCUGCGAUGUCCAAGAACCAGUGGGCUUAUGCUUCCUUCAAAGAAGGUAGAACAGCGUAGUCAGGAUUUGUUGUCACUCCACUCAGUCCAGAUAACUCAUCCCUGCAGUGUCUCCUAAGAGACCACCACACUGCCAAGUGCCAAGAUGCCAGCUUUCUCCUCUAGACAGUACUGGUGACCUCAGGUCACCCCCAAGCUGACACCAACACUUCAGAGAACAUGCAGGAAGUCCUGUGCCAUAUUCUGAAAACACACACACACACACACACAAGCUAAGGUCAUUUUCCUGAAAGAAAUCAGGCAUGGUAGUGCAUGCCUAUAAUCCCAGCAUUCAGGAGGUAGAGGCAGGAGAAUCAGAAGUUCAAAACCAGCCUCCAGUACAUAGCAAAUUUUCCAGGUCAGCCUGGGCUACAUGAGACUUUAUCUCAAAACAAAACAAAAAGCUUUUAAAUGGACAAAUAAAUCCGUAAUUAUAGUAACUUAAACAUUUGGAAUGAAGGAAAGGAAGUGAUUGGAUUGGACUAGCCAGUGACUGAACUUCAUGGCUGAGCAGUUUCUGCUCAGCUAACCCAACAUCUCCCCCUAUAUUUGCUCUCCAGACAGGAGGAGCCUUCAUCCCAGAUGUGUCUGGAUAGGGUAGAUGCCUCAGCUCUGUCAUUCAGUUCAUCCCAAAAGAAGGGGAGGAGAGGUGGGAGGAGGGGUCAAAAAAGUGGAGAGGAAGGCCAUUUUGUUUCCUUACGUGCAGCCCAGUGUCUGUAGUCUCCCUACCCUCCAUAGUGAGCACAAACCACUCCCAGUUCAUUCUGCUUGUGAUGUCCCUGCUUCCUGUGGGUGCAGAAGUGUCUGUGGGACAGCAGCUCCCUGCUGUGCACAGAGCUGUCUGCUGUCUUUCUCAUUAGCGUCUCAGUGCCCUUCUCAAGAGGUAAGGCACGUGUUCCACUGCACUGCCUCUUACAGGCAGGUCCCAUGCCUUCAUGGGUUCAGCAGCCACCACUGAGGCCAAGCGUGCCUGGAUAGGCCUGACUGUGGCCUAGCCCAAGACCCAUCCCUGUAGCAAUACCAAGUGCUAUUACAUAAUCAAUGGACAACUGACAAUUUUAUUUUUUAUGAUUAUUUGUUUCUAUACUGCUGUUAGAAAAAGUGAAAUAAAAUUAUUUCAAAAGAUA